AUGAAAACUGCUGUGCUUGUGACGGGUGCUUCGAGGGGCUUUGGCCGAUGCCUUGCGUUGGAUUUCGUGCGGUUCUUCAGUGCCCGAGAUUUGGAUUUGCAUCUCUGGGCUCGCAGUGAACAGGACCUUGAAGAUACGAAGCGCAUGGCACAUUGUGAAUGGGCUCAAGCAUCUGCAUCAAAUGAACUGCGCUGUUUCGUGCAGUCGGUGGACUUGAGUGACCCAAUAGAUUACACGGCCAAAAUCGACCAAGUGCUAUCGACAUUUGCUACAGAGAAGUACAGCCAAGUCUUCCUCGUACACAAUGCAGGAUCGCUCGGGCAGCUCGGGUUCGUGCAGGAAAGCGUCUCGUCUCCAAUAGAGGUGCAGCAGUACUGGGAACUGAACGUGACGUCGGUGAUGUGGCUAAACAAGCGAUUCCUGGACGUCUUUGGGGCUACCAGAGACGAACUUCUGGCAUCAGGAGCAAGCACGGGUACAGAGCAGCUGACGCAGCUUGUGAUUGUCAAUAUCACGUCGUUGUGUGGUAUUGAGCCUUUCAAGACGCACAUGAUGUACUGCACGGGAAAGGCGGCGCGCGAGAUGCACCAUCGAGUGCUCGCUACUGAACAAGCAGCAAAAGGUAAAGUGCGUGUGCUGCAGUACUCGCCUGGGCCGAUGGAUACAGGGAUGCAAAAGACGAUCCGCGAGUCUCCACGUGUGGACCCUGAACUUCGUACACAGUUUGUAGAUAUGAAGGUCCGAGAAACGCUCAUCCCGCCUGCAAAGUCGUCCGAGCGUGGCGUCAGACUUGCCAUCAGCGGCGAGUACGAAACGGGAGCUCAUGUCGAUUACUACGACCUCGAUCAGUCGAAGGAGUAA